AUGUAUAAUCCUGCCACAGUUGCCGCUGCCAUCGAGGAGCUCGGUGCUUCACCACCGCCUGGCAAGCCGCAUGGCAUCGCGCUGCCCGGCACUGAAAAGCCGAAUCGAAGCCAAAUCUACCGCCACUGGCAGUUCGCCGAUCGGCCGCUGCUCGAGACCCUGGACCCGGCCGUCCGGACGCUGCACGACCUAUUCGAGUCCUCGGUGCAGCAGUUUCCCAGAAAUGCGUGCCUAGGCGCCCGAAAGUGGCUGCCAGACUCCAAGACGUGGGAUAACAAGUUCAGCUGGCUGACCUACGCCGAGGUUGCCGAGCGGCGCAAGAACUUUGGCGCGGGCAUCGUGGAGCUUCACGAGCGCCUCAACUUCACUAAGAAAAGCCAGUACCCGGUUCCUCUGUGGGCACCGAACAAGCCAGAAUGGCAAAUCGUUGAGCUCGGCUGCAUGUCCCAAGGUCUCUUCACUGUUUCUCUGUACGAGACUUUGGGCCCCGACACAACAGAGUUUAUUCUCAAUCACGUUGAGGCUUCGUGUAUAGUUGCUUCCUUGCCUCAUAUCCCAGGACUGCUCGAAAUUAGCCGCCGUCUGCCCCAUCUCAAAAUGAUCAUCUCCAUCGAUCCUCUGGACAACGGGGAGCAAGAAGCGUAUACAAAGCGUGCGCUACUCUCUGAAUUGGCCAGCCAGCGCGGGUUGCAGCUUUACUCCUUGGACGAAGUUGAGAGGUUGGGCUUCGAAUCCCAAAGACCUAUGCGCCCAUGCAGCGCCAAUGACAUCUACACCAUCAACUACACCUCGGGCACCACUGGUGUCCCGAAAGGCGUAAUUGUUACUCACAAGUCCGCCUUAUCAUCGAACUGCGUCAGCCGUAUCAUGAGUGGAGGUGUGAGCAGCGACGUGGGUCUUUCUUAUCUGCCACUCGCGCAUCUUUUGCAGCGCUUAGUUGAGCAGGAGGCCUUUGCCUCAGGUUCACGCACCGGGUACUUCCGUGGCGACCUGACGGGCUUGCCGGACGACAUCAAACUGCUGCGGCCUACAACCUUCAUCUCUGUGCCGAGGGUAUUCAACCGAUUCAACGCCGCCAUCCGCGCUGCUAGUAUUGAAGCGCCGGGCUUCAAGGGGGCACUCUCGAGACAUGUCAUCGACAGCAAGCUCGCAACAAUGAAGCUGCCAAUGGGUCAGGCCUACAACACCCAUUGGCUCUAUGACCGCCUCUGGACCUCAAAGGUCAAGGCGGCGAUGGGCUUUGACCGUCUGCGUGCCAUGGCCGGCGGAAGCGCCCCCAUCGAUCCGCAAGUGCAGACGUUCCUCGGCGCGGCCCUGGGGAUCCCGUUCGCCCAGGGAUACGGCAUGACCGAGUCCUCGGGCGUCGCCACCUGCCAACUCAAGGGCGACUUUGAAACGGGCCACGUCGGUCCGCCGAUGCCGUGCGUGGAGAUUUGCCUCGAGUCCGUCCCCGACCUCGACUACCGGGUCGAGGAUCAGCCGCGUCCCCGCGGUGAGGUGCUCAUGCGUGGACCCUCCAUCUUCUCCGGCUACCUCAAGAACGACGCCGAGAAUGCCAAGGUGCUGGAGCCGGACGGCUGGUUCCACACGGGCGACAUUGCCGAGAUUGACGAGCUGGGCCGGGUCCGGAUUAUCGACCGCAAGAAGAACAUCCUCAAGAUGUCGCAGGGCGAGUACGUCGCGCCAGAGCGCAUCGAGAACAUCUACGCGGCCAACUGCGGCAUGAUCGCCAACGGCCUGGUGCACGGUGACAGCUCCGAGUCCACGCUUGUGGGCAUCUUUGGCGUCGAGCCGGAGCCUUUUGCGGCGUUCGCCGGCAAAAUCCUCGGCCGCGAGGUGUCGGCUGCGGACGUGGCGCUGGUCCGGGAGGUGGCGGCGCACCCCAAGGUGAAGAGGGAGUUUCUCCGCAUACUCGAGGACAUUGGAAAGAAGAAGAAGCUGUCGGGAUAUGAGCGCAUCAAAAACCUCACCCUAGCGGUGGACCCGUUCUCUGUUGAAAACGAGCUGCUUACGCCGACUUUGAAAUUGAAGCGGCAACAGGCGGCCAAGGUCUACAGGGCUGAUAUCGUCAGAAUGUACAAGGAGAUUGCUGAGAGUGCUCCCGUGGCUAAGCUAUGA